AUGAGACCUUUACAACUUUCAAUGGGAAGAUUCUUCAAUUUAAACGCCUAACUUGGGUUCGUUCAAGGUCUGUCGAUGAGUCUACUGCACCUUGGAAGUACAUUGAAUGUUUCCAAAUGAUGUCCACGAGGCGCAAAUUCCGGAUGAGCAGCACUCUAUCACCGGUGCCGUGAAGAGGCCAUCGGCGAUAAGCUGCCUUUCCGGACCAAAUAGACGCCUCCAGCACCUCGUGCAUGUCCUUAAUUAUAACCACCUCAUAUCUGGUCCUGUACCGCUUUCCCCGUCUGCCCCACGAUCAUUAUGUGGAAAACCGAUGCUCCCAGCUCUAUCUUCUUCAAAGAAGAAUACGAAGAACACACAACGACCUUGUCUGCCUGCAUCUCCGCAUUGAUGGCAGCGCGUGAGACUGACAGGGUGAACGUUAUCCGCUUGGAGCACAUCAAGUACACCAGCGGGUUUCUCCACGAGGCCAUCCUUGUUGAGCUCCAGGAAGUGGAUCCUGACGUUGCUGAGCCUCGGAAAACUUAUGCUCUCAUCGAUCGCGACAUCGGCCAGCGUCCUGCCCGAAAACCAUUUUUCUCUUCGUCAUCAUCCUUCUCCUCCAACAAAGCCCGCGAUGCGGUCAAAAUUUCCCGAGAUAAGCGUUUGUUCUCCAUCUCAUGCCAAUACAAAGUUAGACAAUACAUUGAGUUUAAUGCACACCCCUGGCCCUUCAUAAAGCUCCUCGUCGUGGCGACAAGUGUGGCGGAAACCAAGCCCGAAUACAAUGUGAUAUCUGGGCAGUGCUACUGGUAUGCAUCAUCCAUUUGGGAUGUUGUCAUAUUACAUCUUCGAAAAGUUUGGCCCGAAUGGGAACAGGCCACUGGUGGGGUAGUGUCCGCAAAAGGUCGAGCUCGGGAGAUGUUUACGAAGUUUGAAGGAGCGUGGACGAAACGGGAGGCAGAGAUUAAGGAACUACAGAAGGCUCAAAGACAAAAGGAAUACAGAGCCGCUUAUGUGGAGGGUCUUUCAAAAGGGCGAAAAGAGUCCGUGCAAGAGAAGGAGGGUCUACAGCGUAAAAUUGACGGUCUCGAGGCUCGGCUGAAGGCGUUGGAAGCCCAGCAAGAAAAAUAUCAGUUGAAAAGAGGAUUUCAUGGAUUGUGGUUUUAUCCCUGGCGCUCUCGUUCUGAAUGAACGUUCCUAUUUUCGUUGCUCUACGCAUUACUUACUGAUGUUUCGGUCUCCCUUGGGUCUAUGCACUAAAUUUUGUUCACACUGAUAACUGGUUCGGACUGCAUGUAGUCACUGUAUAAAUGCUGA